GCUUUAAAUUGCACCUAAAAUUGAAAAAAAUGCAACUUAAAUCUCAGUGAAUCCCGAUAUUCCUGAUAUUGAGUCCGUGUCGCUGUCGUUAUUGUCAAAAAAAGAACUGAGACAUAACCCGGAAAUACCCUGAAAUUGACACUGUGUGUCAAUGCAGACGUCAGCUCGUUUGCAUAUACACUUCCUUGAUUCGCUUGUAGCAACACUGUGUGGAAUACGCUCUUUAUGUUUAAUGAGGUUGUCAUGUUUUGUCGGAGUUUGGUCAAAGUACAUGCAGCAAAAUGCGGAAUUAGCUGACCUUUUUUUUGUCAUGUAUUUCAUUGUCUUUGUCACAGACUUUUUCAUGUCACAAAAUGACGAUGCGCAAACAGGACGAAAUUUACAUCCGAUGGUGUUUUAUACACAACAGGCACCAAGAAAGCAUUUGAUCGUGUAACACACGACACACGCAGCUAGCAAGUAGUGAGUAACGCGCCUCUCCUCACUGGAACAAGUACCAACGCACCCAAGUGUUAAUUGAUUUAUUAGGUUAAUUGAUUUAUGGUGACAGGCCUAGUGUCCGCUAUGUUAUUGUAACACAUGAACAGUUAUUUAGCAACAUAAUGGCAUUGAGGACAUACCCGGGAGGCUAAAUUAACAUAUCAAGUCAGCGAGUCCAACAAGCAAAUUAGUGGUAAGCAAGUUCACCGAGCUCCCGAUCUCAUUCCACAUCACUGUUGCUGUCACAAGCCUAGAGCGCCCUCUUGUGGCUGUCAACAGUAAUGUUCGGUCCUUGGUUGGUGUCAGUCUCUAUGAAUGAACGUUUGCAAACAUGUUCAAUUACAUCUACUGUGUAUCAAAGUCGCACCUGUGAGUUUCAGGACCAGCCAAACUAUGAAAACCAAGCGAUUUAUAGUCUACAAAAUACGGGUACAGUACAUGCUGCUGUGGGGAAAAAGCCGUUUUUUUGGUCUGCUUGUCUUUCAUGUGUGUGUAAUUUCAACAGUUUUCUUUUAUGUGUGUUGUUUGAAAGUGUUGAUGGAGACGGAAGAGAGAGAAAAUGCCCUGUGCUUUAUCUUAUCAGUGGACUUUAAAAGGGCCCGUGCGUGGCGGUACACACACCGUACGUCAUGUGUUGUUGGCUUCAUACGUGAAUAAGCACCGUGUACUUCACUGAACUCAUCCCCCCCCCCGACUGCUGAACUUUGACCCCAUCAGUGGCGUCUGUUGACACGAAAGCAAGAUGAGUCAAGAGGAGAGGCGCCGCUCACACUGCAAUUUACUCAGCCUCUUUGGAAGUGGGAAGGAGACAUCUGUGAAGCGGGGGCGACCUGGCUGGCAUGCGGGGGCCUUUCAUGGAGGGCCGACAGACUGUAUUUAAGCAGGUGGCCAUCAAGUCCAUUCGAAAGGAGAAGAUCAAGGACGAGCAGGACAUGGUUCACAUCCGCCGCGAGAUCGAGAUUAUGUCGUCCCUCCGCCACCCGCACAUCAUCUCUAUAUACGAAGUGUUUGAGAACAAGGACAAGAUUGUCAUCGUCAUGGAGUACGCCAGCAAGGGCGAGCUGUACGACUACAUCAGCGAGCGGCGCCGCCUGAGCGAGCGGGAGACGCGACACUUCUUCAGGCAGAUAGUCUCGGCUGUGCACCAUUGCCAUAAGAAUGGUGUGGUCCACAGGGAUCUGAAACUGGAAAAUGUGCUACUGGAUGAAAACUGUAAUAUUAAGAUUGCUGACUUCGGCCUGUCCAACCUGUACCACAAAGACAAGCUUCUGCAAACCUUCUGCGGCAGCCCGCUCUACGCUUCACCAGAGAUUGUCAACGGGAGGCCGUACCGCGGGCCAGAGGUGGACAGCUGGGCUCUGGGCGUGCUGCUGUACACGCUGGUGUACGGAACCAUGCCGUUUGACGGCGACGACCACAAGAACCUCAUUCGGCAGAUUAGCAACGGCGACUACAAGGAGCCCACACAGUCUUCAGACGCUAGGGGACUGAUUCGCUGGAUGCUAAUGGUGAACCCCGAGCGCCGCGCCACCGUGGAGGAUAUCGCCAACCACUGGUGGGUAAACUGGGGCUGGAAAAACAGCGUAUGUGACUGCGAUGCCCAGCGCGACCACGGCAGCUCACCCAUGCUGGCCCGCUUCAUCGACUGGCAGAACCGCACUGAGCCACGCGGUCCCGCCGCCAAACUUGCAGCCGUGCCCCAGCUGUUGCUACGCCAGAGACCCAAGAAGUCCAAGAAGGAAAACGUGGAGGAAGGAGGUCAGGUGCAUGGCGGGGGCGAGGAUAAACCGGGUCUGAAGAGACCUAAGGGUAUCCUGAAGACCAGAGUGGCUAAGGAGCAACAGUCUGCCCGGCUGGAGGAGGGGCAGCUGGGCCAGAUGGCAGCGACUGAACAAGCUGAAGGUGGAGGGGACGCCUUAAGUCCAGAUCAAGAUGAAGAGGAGCCCAGUUUCGGGGGAGGCUCGCCUGCAAAGAUGGUGCCCACCCUGCCCAAAAAAGGCAUCUUGAAGAACAACCAACA